CGGACCUCCUCAAAAACACGUUUUAAAGCCCUCGUCUCCCAACGUAUCUUUCCCAAUCGCGGGGAUUUUCUGCCAAGCGGAAACGAAGGAGCUCAUAUUGUUUUUACUGCCCUCGGAAAAUGUGUCGGUUGUUGAGUUGAGUUUUAACGAGGGGUGAAAAAAAAAACUUCUCUCACCUGCCCGUCUCUUGUUUAGGCCGAGUGGCCGGAAGUGGCGUCAGUGUGUGUUGGCCAUGGCGAAUGGCCAAGACUGGAUACAGUCGGCAAGUUUUCUUUGGAUUUUUACUCUUCUACUCAGCGAGUCGCAGAGCAAGAAAACACAAAUUUACUACAUGGAGGGCGGCGACUGUGGCGAGAGGAAGCAGGUGGGAGGGGCGGUGGUCUACUCCCACCUGCCCAGCACGGGCGAGAGGUACCCACGUGACAUCGACUGCCAGAUGACCUUCGAGGCUGAGUACAGCGAGUGGAAGCUGAUGCUGCGCGUGCUGGAGAUGGACAUACCGGACCGCACGGCCAGCGGGCUCUGUAACGACGCGCUCUACGUGUACGACGACAGCACUUUCCUGACCCGGGCUAUGAAUAAUGACAAGAAUCAUGACAAGAAUAAUGACAAGAAUAAUGACAAGAAAAAUGACAAGAAUAAUGACAAGAAAAAUGACAAAAAUAAUGACAAGAAUAAUGACAAGAAAAAUGACAAGAAUAAUGACAAGAAUAAUGACAAGAAUAAUGACAAGAAUAAUGACAAGAAUAAUGACAAGAAAAAUUACAAGAAUAAUUACAAGAUUGAAACACGACACCAGGAGGUUUGCUUGAAGCCUGAUCAAUAG